GUGACUAAAGUUCCGAGGAGGGUUUUGUUAGAUGUUCUAGGUUCAGUAUGAGAACGAACAGAUAUUUCUGAUUUGCGUACCGUAAAACAUAGCAAGCUCUACUCUUCAACGCCAUACAGAAUUCAGUGCUCUGUUAUAGAGAAGUGCUUUACGAUUAAAUCCCAGCAUGUUUUGGGUCUUCCGGACCUUUCUUUGUCUACUUCUUGCACACUGUGUCACGCCGGAGGUGUUCCUUCAGACCAAAGAUGCCAACCAGGUCCUCACACGGCCGAGGCGAGCCAACAGCAUGUUUGAGGAACUAAAAAAGGGUGACAUGGAGCGCGAGUGCUUGGAAGAGCGGUGCAAUUAUGAGGAAGCUCGAGAGAUCUUCGAGAACGACAAAAAGACGAUUGAGUUCUGGAACGUAUACUAUGAUGGAGAUGCGUGCAUAUCGCAGCCAUGCGUUAACAACGGUGUGUGUAAAGAUGGAAUAGGCCGAUAUACCUGUUUCUGCCCUGAAUUGUUUCAGGGGUAUAAUUGUGAGAUCGCAAUACCACAGCUGUGUGAGGUUAAUAACGGUGCUUGUGAGCACUUCUGCAAAGUGGACCAGAAGAAGGGGACUGCAGUCUGCUCGUGUGCCAAAGGCUACAACCUAGCAGCCGACAGGAAGAGUUGUACAUCUAAUGAUCCCUUCAAAUGUGGCUACGUAUUUCCUAAAUCGACCCGAAGCAAUUUAAAAAUUCAUAAUACAGAAAAUGUUACUGACGAGGACAGUGGCUUUGACAUCGGGACAGCAGAUACAACGGAAGGAAAUACAACGACUGCAAAAAAGCCUGUCACAAAUCACACUGUAGAUACCAACAGCAUCUUUGGACUAAUAGAACCCAUUCCUACUGUCAUGGAGGAACCAGUACUGCCAGAAUCUGCGGGAGACACAAGAAUCGUGAACGGUGAGGAUUGUCCACCUGGAGAAUGUCCUUGGCAGGCGUUGCUGAUGAACGAAGACAAGAUAGGCUUUUGUGGAGGGACCAUUCUUAACGAGUACUUCGUUUUGUCUGCCGCCCACUGUAUGAACCUGUCUCGCUCCAUCACAGUUAUUCUAGGUGAAACGGAUAUGCUUGUUCGGGAAGGACGGGAAGCGGUCCAUGCCGUCGAACAGGUCCUUGUGCAUAUGAACUAUCAGCCCGAGACCUACCACAACGAUAUUGCCCUCAUCAAGCUUGUGAAGCCCAUCACUUUUACCAAGUACAUCGUCCCAGCGUGCAUCCCUGAACGCGACUUUGCGGAACGUGUGCUCAUGCAACAAGAAGAGGGCAUGGUGAGUGGAUUCGGACGUCUCCACGAGGGUGGACUACAGGCCACGUACUUGCAGAGGCUCACCGUGCCCUACAUCGAUCGUUCCAUCUGCAGGGAGUCCACCAAAUUCAACAUCAGCCCCCGCAUGUUCUGCGCCGGCUACGGCAGGGAGGAAAAGGAUGCGUGUCAGGGGGACAGCGGUGGCCCGCAUGUCACCAGGUACAAAAACACGUGGUUCGUGACAGGCGUGGUCAGCUGGGGCGAGGGAUGCGCUCGCAAAGACAAGUACGGCGUCUACACGCAGGUUUCCAAGUACCUCAAGUGGAUUGAGAGCGUCAUGGAACAGGUCAUUGCCGAGUCAAAAUUCCGAAACAAGAGACGGGCGCCCAGGCAUGUGCCUGUGAUUCGGCUGUAAAUGAAGAUUAUGUCAUGAUGAAUUCUGUGUAACGGAGGUAAAGAAAUGCAAGAAUAAAACAACAUUGAAAUAAAGGUUCCAUAUAUCAGUCAAUCCUA